CAUUGUGAUACACAACGUCAGUUGUGUGUCCGUCUGUACGCCAAGUAACUUAAAUACGAGUGUACUCGCGUGCCAUUAUCUAGUAUGAACAGUGCAAUGACGCAGGAAGUAAACGAAGAAAAAAAGAAAAAGGUGUGAGCAACAGUACUUGGUGUACUACGAGGGACCGAAAUAUGCUUUGAAUUACUGCAUUAGCAUAACUGGCACCACCGGCAGAAUUGCAUAGCCCACAGAUAGACGAACUUAUAUCGACUCGUUUAUUUUCUACAGUCGUCUCAUCAUUUGAACCAAUUUCAAAAGCCCACUGAGUGUCUCAUACCUUCGGCCAAUAUUUAUCGGGCAGAGGUAUUUGUUUCAUAUCAGGUCUGUAUUUUGCCCUGAGUCUAUGGUAUUCUUCAAUGGCCGUAAUGGAAGCUUUUGCCGAAGAUGGGUCGAAAUUGAUCAAAUGGACACCUCCCAAUGUAGUUAGUCUUGAAAGAGCGACGAUCGUCUGGCCAGAAAAAAAUAUGAAACUCAAGUACCCCAAGUCCGUCUUCUUUAUUGUCAGUAAUGAGUUCUGCGAAAGGUUCUCGUACUAUGGAAUGCGAACUAUUUUGGCAUUGUACCUCAAAAACAAAUUGGACUAUAGUGAUAACACAGCUACUGUUAUUUAUCACAUUUUUACGAUGUUCGUCUACUUCUUCCCAUUAUUUGGCGCAAUGUUGGCUGAUUCGGUACUUGGAAAAUUUAGGACGAUAUUUUACUUAAGCAUUGUCUAUGCCCUGGGCCAACUUCUCCUUUCAGCAAGUGCCGUUCCAACAUUUGGUUUACCCAUUAGGGAAUGUUCGAUAAUUGGAUUACUUCUCAUUGCUCUGGGCACGGGCGGCAUUAAGCCAUGUGUAGCAGCAUUUGGUGGAGAUCAAUUCAUUCUUCCAGAACAAGAGAAAUAUCUUAUUACGUUCUUUUCAGUUUUUUAUUUUGCCAUCAAUUCUGGGUCUCUUAUCUCAACAUUCCUCACGCCAGAACUCCGUAAUAAUGUGAAAUGUUUCGGUGACCAAGAAUGCUUUUCAGUCGCAUUUCUCGUUCCUGCAGUUCUGAUGAUUGUCUCAGUUGUUAUUUUUCUUAGUGGUAAAUCAUUAUACAGAUUGAAAGAACCAGAGGGAAAUGUCGUUUUAGAGGUUGUUAAAUGCAUGUCGCGGGCAAUAUAUAAAAAAGCCAAAACUAAGAAAGUGGUUGAGCGCGAGCACUGGCUAGAUUAUGCUGAUGAUAAAUACGAUUCCACAUUGAUUUCUGAUAUAAAAUCAGCUCUGCAAAUUAUGACACUCUUCAUUCCCCUCCCCUUCUUCUGGGCACUAUUCGAUCAGCAAGGGUCGAGAUGGACAUUCCAAGCUACAAGAAUGGACGGUCAAAUUGGAAACUUUCUUUUGAAACCUGAUCAAAUGCAAGUGGUUAAUCCACUUUUCAUCGUCAUCUUCAUCCCAAUAUUUGAAACAUGUGUUUACCCUCUAAUGGCAAAGAUGAGAAGCAUUGAUACACCAUUGAAAAAACUAACCACUGGCGGAAUUUUAGCUGCAGUUGCUUUCAUCCUGUCAGCCAUUGUGGAAUUAAAAUUGGAGACAACUUAUCCAGUUCUCCCGACGGAUGGAACGGCCCAAUUACGGAUUUUGAAUCCAAGAGACUGUACAUUACCAAUUUUAAUAAAUAAUCAAACAAUGAUUGUGAAACCUUUCGGUAUUUGGGAAGAUAUUGGAAUAAGGCUAAAAGGGCAUGAAUCAAUAACAUACAGUGCUGAUUUCUCGCAAUGUAACGAGCUUCAAAAUGCAUCAUUGCGAAAUGGAAUCAUUACAGUAGUGGAAGGCCAAGCUAUUUCAUAUGUUUUGGAGCCGGUCGGCUCGUAUGCUUACAAAGAUUAUAACAACAAAAGCACAAAUGGAAAUCCUGCAAUUCGUCUACUAACUUAUAACACUUUGAAGCCAAAUGCAGUGACAAGAGUAAAGCUAUCGAAAGUUGAUUAUGAUUUCACAACCACUACAACGAGGAAUCUAGCACAGAUCACUCCAUUAGCCGACUUCAGUCCGGGGGAAUAUGAUGUUAAAGUAAAUGAUGUAAAUGUAGGCUCUAUAGAGAUCAAACUCGGUGGUGUUUAUACGCUGCAGAUAUAUGUUACCGCCAAUGCCACAAAAAUGGGUCUCACUACCAUUACUCCACCCAAUUCCGUUCACAUUUUAUGGCUUAUUCCGCAGUAUAUCGUUAUUACAAUGGGUGAAGUUAUGUUCUCAGUUACUGGGCUCGAAUUUGCAUUUACACAAGCUCCAGUGACUAUGAAAUCACUACUUCAAGCUGCGUGGCUGAUGACCGUCGCAUUUGGUAACCUGAUUGUUGUCAUCAUUGCGGAAGCGAAAAUAUUUGACCGGCAGGCAUUGGAAUUCUUCCUCUUUGCUGCUUUGAUGCUGGUGGAUAUAUCUAUAUUCGCAGUUAUGGCAAAGUUUUACAAAUAUAAAACUUAUAAUGAUCAUCAACAGACAGAUCACCCCACUAAUGAAAACAUACCGUUGGGAAGGAAAAACGGCCACCUAAAUGAAUCCUUCUCAGCCAGCGAAGAAAAUGUGAUAUUAUGAGAUUUUUUCAUGAAAUUUCUGAUUCAUUGAUCGACAACUCAGAUUCGGACAUAUGCAAUUUGUUGUUUUGCAUAAAGAGAUCCAAAAUUUGCAAAUGUUGAUAAAUUCAUGUUAUUAACUAAAGAGUAAUUUGGUAUUUA